GAGAGGAGAAACAAGAAGGAGAGAGGAGGAUGUUCUCCAAACUGAAGAACCCUGCAAAGAUCUGGAAGAACCGCAGACAAAAGAACCACACUGAGACUAAAGAGGAUGAGUUGUUCUCUGAGGAGGUUCCUGAGCAGGAGGAGGAGCAGUUGGAGGAGGUCGGCAGGAGGCUGAUCAUCAGGGAGGAGCAGCUGUUCAGUCAGGACUCCCCCAGUGAAGAGGAGGAGGACCAGCUGCAGAAAGACUUUGAGGCUCUGAGACUACAGAUGUGGAUGGCCGUUGACAACACCUUCACCACCUCCACCUCCUCCACCUUUACCACCAUCGCCUCCUCCUCCUCCACCGCCUCCUCCUCCUCCUCCUCAGGGCAGUUGAAGGUCCUGAGGAGUGCUGUGGCCUCCAUCCAGCAGCAGGAGAUGCAGGACCGGCUCUGGACAGGUUGUCUUGAGGAACGGGUCCCAGUGUGGCGUCCUCAGAAGUGUCUCAGGACUCACAACACUCUGCUGCAUCACCUGGUGGAGUCCAGACUGAUGAAGGCUGCUGAGGAUGACUGCAGAGAACCUGAAGAACUGUCCUCUCCUCUGAAGAGACAGGUGUGUCGUAUGGGGAAGCGUAUGAAGGAGGACCUGCUGACGGUGGUGAGGACGGUUCAGGACUGUUACCCUCCACAGAUGGACAUCCUGAACCUGUACGCCGGACUCUUCCACCAGAACUUCUCUGCUCGGCUGACUGAACUCGCUGCUCCGGGUGUGGAAAUAGACAACUGCUGCUACCUGCUCCUCUGGAUCAACCACUAUUAUCCACAUGAAAUAUUAAACCAUGAAGAACUGCAGGGAAAGAUCAAGACGGCCUGUCUGGGUUCUCUGCUGAUGCAGGACCACCUUAACCGCCUGGAGGACCAGUACCUGACCCACACUGAGGACAAAGUGAAGCUGUGGCUGAACGCAGCUCUGAAAAAAGAAGAGGAGAGCUGGCUGAGCGGCCAGAAACCUGAACUCAUAGACCAGUACUGCUUCAGUCCACUGGCUAUGGAUGUCAUACAGGUGAUGAACAGCUCCCUGAGCGACUUCAACUGUGUGAUCAGAGAGCAGAGCAAAGCUCAGAGGAUCACCGCUCACCUGGACGGCUUCCUCAGCAGCUAUAAGACGUGUGUGGAGGAGUUUGUGAAGGGAAACCACGGCAACGCUGGCUCGAUGAUCAAAGCUCAGCUGGUCUGUGAGCAGCAGCUCAGGGAUUACAUCACAAGUCAAACUGGAAGUCUGUCGGAGCCGCAGAGACAAAGCUGUCUGGACAGUCUGUCGGCCCUGAAGGAUUGUGGGUACAGGUGUUUCACCUGUCCUAUCCACAUCCAGCUGAAGGUGUCUUUCAGUCAGCUGUGGACCUCUGUCUGGUUGGACGGGUCACUUCCUGUUGUUGACUCUCUGCUGGACUACCUGAACCAGCAGCUGAUCCACCUGACUGACCUAAAACCAGCCUGCAGACAGUCCCUGCUGUGUGUCCUCCAUCAGGACCUGGUUCUUCAGUAUGUAAAGAGGAUGAUGAAGACCAGGAUGAGGAGCAGAGAGCAGCAGGUGGGCGGAGCUCAGAGGAUGAAGGAAGACGUCCAGAAGAUCACUGACUUCUUCAGCGAGGGGGGCUGCUCUGAGUCCCUCUGGCUCAGUGAGGUUCUCUGCAGCCUCGCUGAGGUUCUCCGUCUUCAGGAUCCUGAAAGUGUUCAGCUGGAGCUCGUGAGUCUGACCAGAAGGUUCCCAGACCUCAGUGAUGUUCAUGUGUCAGCGCUGCUUUCUCUGAAAACCGGCCUAUCGGCGGCUGACGUUCGCUCCAUCAGGCGGAGCGUGGAGGAGAACCGCCUACUCGUUGUCUCCACCAAUGAGAGUCCUCCGUUCUUCUCCAGGGUCAAAGUGAAAUGGAUCAAUCAAAAGAUCAGUCAGAUGGGGCUGAAGCCCUAA